AUGGGGUGGAUCACAUUCGCGUCGGCCAUCAACUGCUACACGUGCAGCAGCGUGAACGGCACGAACCCGAACUGCCACGACCCGUUCCACCCGGCGCACGCGCGCUACGUGGUCGACUGCACCGUGCCCAAGGACGGUCACGUGGGACGCUUCCCCGCGCACUUCUGCGUCAAGGUCGUCGGCAGGACCUUGGACACCAACAUCGAGCUGGUGAUCAGGAUCUGCUCCCUGGAGACUAUGGACAAUUCGUGUGGCGUCUUCCGGUAUGGGAACGACGUCCUGCGCGGUUGCAUCUUGACGUGCAACAACGACGGCUGCAACGCGGCACCGCCCCGUCUACGAGGCCACGCCUACGCGGGUUUGCUGCUCCACUUCCUAUUGGCCGCCCUUGCCUCUUCCAGUAAAGUGCCGCUGACGUAUCCCCCGUGAUGGCCGGACUGCAUAUAGUGAGCGAGAGAUGCGCGAGUUCACUCCCCCCACAAGACUGUAGCCGAUCCAGCGCCGCAUGCUCCGAAUGACGCCCUAGAGUCUUGCAUCUGUUGUGUAUCACUCACUUAGCCUUGG